AUGGCUACCUCCAAAGAAUGGCAAAAGAUGCUGAACGGCGAGCUCUACUGGGCCUGGGACGCCGACCUACAAGCGAACCGCGAUCGCUGCAGGGAAGCAUGCAAACGGUUCAACGAAGCCGGCCAAGUCUCUCGACGGCGGCGAGUCGAGCUGUGGAGAGAUAUAAUCGGCGACACUCGACCCCUCCCACCAGUGAAUCCCGACCCAGAAGCAGACGCAAAGCAGUUCGACGCGACAGACCCAGUCGUCGAUCCCCCGUUCUCAGUCGACCACGGCAUCAAUCUCAAAGUCAAGCCGGGCAGUUUCAUCAACUUCGACACGACCAUUCUCGAUACGUGCCUGAUAACCAUCGGCGAACGCGUCCUAUUCGGUCCGCACAUUCGUAUUUAUGGCGCCACGCACCCGAUGGAUCCCGCUGUGCGGCGGGGACUAGAGGGCCCCGAGGCCGGGAAGGAGGUGCAUAUUGAGGACGAUGUGUGGAUAGGGGGCAGUGCGAUGAUUCUUGCGGGGGUGCGGAUUGGGAGGGGGAGUACGGUGGGAGCGGGGUCCGUUGUUACGAAGGAUGUCCCGCCCUUCCACUUCGUUGCUGGCAAUCCGGCACGAGUCAUCCGGAAGAUCGAGACCAGUAUGGAUCCGACGCAGAGCACUGAGGCUUAG